UCUUCUCUCGUCUUGUCGUAGUAACAGCGCAGGCAGAAGAAGCUAGGUAGCAAACCUCGGGCGGUGAGCAUGGAGGGGGACGGGAGGAAGGAGGGCGAGACGCCGGCGGCGGCGGUGAGAGGCGUGGCGUCGUUCGGGGCGUCCGUGCAGGAGUGGGGGCAGCACAUGAAGGCCAGCGUGGUGGGCGUGUGGCGGAAGGCGACGGCGAGGAGCGAGCAGGAGGCGGCGGAGGCGGACCUGCGCGCGGCCAAGGAGCAGGUGGAGGCCACCGACGAGGCCGAGGCCAAGAAGAAGCGCCUCGCCGGCUGAUCCAGGUCACCACGGCGCAGAUAGCCCGUUUUUCAAUCCAUCGCUUUCGCCUGCUCUGCUCCGUCAUCUGGGCUUUUUCUUUCUUCCAAUCUGCUGUCUGUAGCCCUUCCUUCCACUUUGUAGUAGAGUGGACGUGUAGUUGUUUUACCCCUGAUAAGACUAGUUUUAUACUCCUUCCGUCCGAAAAAGUUUGUCAAGUUUCUUCGGACGGAGGGAGUACAUGUGUAUAUCUGAAACUGCAGCAUGUAUGUAUUGAUGAUCCAGGCCAAUCUCAACAGCCGUUCUACUGUAUGUCACGCACCUUCAGAAUUCAGAUGCAGAAAUAGUAACUGAAAUUUCUGCAUGUAAUGCUCAUGUUGCAUGUAAUACUGUCUAGCCGGGGUACUUUCUGACUAAACCAAGCCAGUAGGGCAUAUAUCAGUGCAGAUUAUUUCAGAAAGUACCUAGGCUGAUAACACUGUAUCUAUUUCAGAAGUAAACAACAGGAUAACAGAUCAUGAA